AUGGCUGGACAGAAAGGCUCUAUCGGAGACUGCCGGCGCGAGGGUUGGUUUCUCCCCUCCGGGAAACCUGAAGUUGCCACGGCAACGAACUUAGGAGGGAACCAGGAAGCCUCAGCACUGACCUCGGGGGUCAAAUUUUCUCGUAUUCGCAAGAGGUCGUAUAAACGAGCAUUGCGACGUGCACAGCUGCAUGGAACAACUAUGUACAGGGGCAGGCGCUUGAUUUCGGAUGGGCCGAUACUUCCGGUUCAGCCUGAUGAGGCGAGCGUAAAACCUAGAAUUCGUUUUGUGUCAUGGAACGUGGGAGGAUUAUCAGACAUUCUGUUCACCGAGCUGAAGCAAUGGCUACAACAGGAGGGGCAGAAAGACAUUAGCAUCAUCAUUUUGCAAGAAACACACUGGGAUACCACAAUGGACUGGAGCACAUCAGAGUGGCACUUUUGUCAUUCAGCUACGGGACGCAAGGGCAGCGGGGGCAUUCUUGUGGGGAUCAGGGCUCAUCUCUCGGAUUCCUCAAGCAUAAGAUGGCAGGAAGCUGAGCCAGGGCGGAUCCUUCAGGUCCGGUGCUUUCUGGAAAAGCAACAGAUUGAUGUAGUGGGGGUGUAUCAGCAUGCCUAUCUGCAAAAAGCGGGACAGACUGAGAGUGUGUUUACGCACAGACGCAGACUACUGAACAAACUGGAUGCUUUGCUUGCCUCGCUACCAGCGCGGUCGCACAUUGUACUGGCUGGUGACUUCAACACGGCGGUGGUUCGGGAACCGAAGGUCAGCGGAUUUGGAUUGCUACAUAAGGAGCUUGGGGAUAAAGAGGCUGAGGAUCAACAGCAGCUGCUUCAGGUUCUGAAGCGGCAUCGCCUGUCUACUCUUAACACGUGGGGCAAGAAGUCUCAGGCAGCCACAUAUGUCCAUGCCAAAGGGGAGAGUCAGAUAGACUUUGUCUGCGUACGGCAGUCUGUUGCUGAUGGACAGGCGAAACUGACCAGACCGAUUAAAACCACAAUGGCUGGAUGGCGCACAACAGGUCACCUUCCACUUGUGGGCACGGUGCCCUUCAAGUGGACGCCAUGGACUCUGAAGCCAAGGCGAAGCGAACCUACACGUGGAGUCUCAACUCAAAAGCUGCUGUCUAUUCAACAGAGCGACGCUCCACCGAAGAUCAGCGAACUUAGGGAUGCGGUUCAACUGGCUGGAGGACAACGUCCUGAGGUCCCUGUUCGGCCUGAGCCAACAUCGGUUGAGGUCGAUGUGGCAGCAUGCUGGCGGCUGCGACGCAAGCUCAAUGUGCAAGCAUCGCUACUUGGCUAUGGAUUUGUGUUUGUUUUCAGGUACUUUAAAACGAAACUGCAGUAUCUGAAAGCACAUAGACUCCUCAAGAAAGCUCUGCGAGCGCGUAAGCGGCGGAGAACUCUGGAGCUGCUAUGUCAAGCGGAAGAUGCAGCGCAACGCAAUGAUGUACGCGGAGUUUAUGGCGUGGUCAGGCUACUUUGUCCAUCUAGGCACUCACAAAAAAUCCGUCUUCGUGAUGCUAAAGGCAAUCUCAUGAAUGGUGAGUCGGAGUGCAAAGUGUUGGCCAAGUAUGCGGCGGCGCUCUUUGGGGCGGCCUCCACUGAGCCUUUCCAGUUACAACGUAUUCCUUAUGAGGUUCUUUCUCUUGAUAAGUGGAGCUCUGCGUGGAGGAAGCUGAAGGCUGAAAAGGCUGCGCCCAAUCAGACGCCACCUCUCAGGAAUUGGAAGCAACAUGGUGAGCUCAUCGUGCCGCAGGUGCACCGGAUUGCGUGUCAGAUGCUCUGUUGUGAUAACCCCAGCAUACCGGAGGAUUGGACGGUAGUGCAGCUGGCAUGGCUGGCUAAACCCAAGAAGUGCCCCUGUAAGCCGGAAAACCUCAGAUCAGUUGGGUUGAUGGCUGGUGAUACCAAAAUGUUCAUGAUGGUACUGAAGGAGGCGAUGCAGGCCGAGCUCAUGCAGGGAUUAUGGGACAUUCCUCAAUUUGCCUACAGACCCCAGUCUAGCACCAUUGAUGCUCUUCUACGCGGCAGUGAACACAAGUGUCUCCGUCAAGCUGCCACUGGAGCCUUGCCCGAGUUGUGUGGAGGGGUGAUGAUAAGUCUGGAUUUGAGCAAGGCUUUUGACUACCUGCCUUUCCAUGAGAUGUAUGCCGGAUUGCGCUCCAUAAACGUGCCAGACAAUCUUGCAAGACUUAUUGUAGAGGUGCAUAGGCAGUCUCGAUGCGUAGUGAGACACGGGGGCACAGAGAUCAGUGUGACCAUGAAGCGUGGACUCCGCCAAGGGUGUCCGCUCGCGCCAAGCGUGUACUCAUCAUGGACUAUCUUGCUGUGCAGGACGCUGGGUAUUAGCUGGUGCAAUGAACAUACAAGUUUCUUUGCGGAUGAUGUUCAUGGGCACUGGGAGAUAAGUACGGUGGCUGAGUUCAUGGAGGCGAGAAAGCACAUCUUGCGCAUAGUGGAGCUGCUACAUCGAGCUGGCAUGAGCAUCAACUUUGAUAAGUCUGUUGCAGUACUCACACUUCGGGGAAGGGAAGCCAAAAGCUUGAAGAGCCGCUAUCUCAAGUGGCAGGGCAAUAAACAGGUGCUCUGGAUUGGCACCGACCCGAACACUGGCCGUGAUGUGUACCUACCUGUACAGGAUCAGAUGGAAUACCUGGGGGCGGUGCUCUCUUAUGGGUCCAUGGAGGCUCAGACGGUGCAAGUCAGGGCAGCCAAAGCCUGGGCAAAUUUCGCCAAACUCAGGCCAAUGCUUCGUACGGCCUCCGACUUCAGUCUGAAGCAGAGGCUGAGAAUGUUCAGAGCAUGUGUGGUUACGGCCCUGCUCUAUGGGAUUGUCGGGGUUGGGGUUAGUUCGGCUAGCCUUCGCACAGUUGUCUCGACUCUUGCCCGGAUGUUGCGAAAGCUCCUACGCGUAUAUCAGCAUGGAGUCACCAAUGAAGAGGUCCUUCAUCGUGCAGAGAUACAGCCGAGCGACAUUCUGCGCAAUAUGAUCGCGGCCAAGGCGCGGACUUUGGAGCAGAGCACAAUGCAAUCUCCGACAUUGUCUCAGCGAGCAACAGCUAGAUUGCAAGAUGUGCUACAGGAACUUGAUCGAAUCUCUUCAUUGCAAAGCUCUGGACUUGUCGAGGUGGCACAUUACACGGCGAGCCAUGCCGAGAUCCACCUGCACUGCAGGCUAAAGCUGGCGGCGGCGGAGGGCAUGAGCAUUGAUGCACUGAUGGAGCAAGUUAAAGCCGAUGAGGUCACAUCGCCACCGGUACCGCCGACGGCCACUGUGCAGCAGGCGCAUACUCCGGGUGACAUUGAGCGGGAACUCCUGGAAUGUGGUGAUAAGGAUCUUCCUCAUCAUUCUGCGCUCAUUCGGCAAUACGACAAGAAAUGCAUCUUGUGCUCGCAACAGGUGAAGGCGACUGGAAGCAUCAAGAAGCACUGGCAAACCACGCAUGGCGAGGCAUGGAAGUUGGUGCAAAGCGAUGCGGAGUCUGCAGCACGUAGCCUGAAAGCCACGUUCAGGAGACCGUGUCAGCACUGCGGGAGUAUGGCCAAGUACGGGUCCUCGGAUUCUAACAAUCAUGCUACGCGGUGCUCUCCGUUCUUCCAGGUUCUGGCUGCACGAUGUCUAUGGCGCAGGAACAUACUUGGAGUGCAUCUUCAUGGCACCAGAGGUCCGGCACUCAAGCAGCACGAGAAGGAGCGGCAAUAUCGUGUUCUAGAGAGGACGGGCAUCCAUGCGCAGCUAUGUUCUGCGGUACCACAGAGUGGAGACGAGGAGGCCACCCGGGAGAUUGCGCGCAGCGGAGCGUCCAGUACUGAAAUGGUGGUACAGAGCUCUCCUGCACAGGUGACGGAAGGUGCAGUGGUGCCGUCUGCUGGCUCCAGUGCGGUUGCUCAGCCUCACACUGUUGCUACCAUUCGACUUCGCAAUCCUCAUCAGCUCUGUUAUGUGAACGCGAGUAUUCUCGCUAUGCUGCAUGCACAUGGGUAUCUGACUAUGCCGAGGUUGCUUGAGCAGGUGUAUUCGGUCAUACGUCAAGUUCGGAGUGGUGAACUUACUCUUUCAGCGCACUUUGGGCUUCGACAUGUAUUUCAGGGGUGGCCCUUGGAUCCGAGGCAAAGGGAUGCAGCUGAAUUCACGGAUUUCCUGCUCCGCAAGGCGGGGUACGCGUAUGUGGCGUGGGAGGCGAGAAUCAAUGUGCGGGGAGUACGACAAGUGACGGACUCUGGAUCAGGUAUCAUUUUUCUGGACUUACCGAACGGAGCGACGGAUAUCCAGGAGCUUAUGAGUGCAUGGUCGGGGCUGGCGCAAACCCAUGCGCUGAUCUGGGCACAGGAGACGGUGAUUGUGCAGCUCGGCAGGUUCCCCCAACGAGGCAAAUCGAGAGCGCAGGCGUUCUACAUUAUGGACCGUCGCCACAUGCAGGACACUAUCGCUCGAUCCUCAGAGACGGUUGCAGCUGGCUCAUUACUGACGAUGGAGUGGCGGCGGUGGCUUGCGAACCGGGCGGAGGCACUGGACAAGGAUCGGGCGCCCAAGUUUAGUCGACCUGAGGGCAAGAGGGAGAGGGCAAAGAUCCGGCGCCUGCUUCUGGCACCAAUGCGGCUGACACUGAUGCGCCACCAGCGGGCGAUCAGAGCAAAGGCGGCGACUCAGACCUCCUCAAAUGGGGAGGCGGAGGUGGCACAAGCUCGGGCCAAGGCUUCGGAAACCGCGGCGGAAGAUCCAGACAUCAGGGAGGCGGCAAUGGAGGGGGCAAUGGCAAUGGGGGACGACGUCCGUGGGGAUGCGGUGAACCUGUGGCGAGCGGAGAGUUCCUUUGUGCUCUUUGUACGAGCUGGGAUUCCUGGCUCUCUGGUGCCUGCGCUAUUUGCUGCCAAAUCCGAAUGGCAAAAGUUGCGUGAGACAAACCCGGAACAGGUGAAGCGCCCGCUCCGCUCCGUGCUGUUCAGUUGCCUGGUGAAAGAGAUGCACGACCGGCUGCAGACUCUCAAGGAGGAUGAGCAGAGAAGAGCCAGCAUGAUCAAGUUGGGCUGGCUGAAGGAGAACUCCUUCCAGAAGCUGCGUUGGGAUGCCAAGCUCAAGAAGAGGGUGGUUGAUGAAGAGGGGCCCACGUUGUUGUACGAUGAUGCGAUGGCCAUUCUUCAAGAAAUGAUGACCAAGUGCAGCACGGUGGAGGCACUCCUGAGAUUUCGCCCGACCAGGCCGAUCACGGAUCAGAUGCCGGAAGGAACCGUGGCAUUCCUGUUGCAGUUUUCGCUGCAGAACGAAAGGGGACUGCAGAUGUAUGCGGACAUGAGUCAGCUAUGCCAAUGCGGUGUGCUUGGCACUGUCGGUGCGACAUCUGUGCGUGGUUUUGAUGCUCGGUUAUGUUUGGGCGAGUAUUACAUGCAGCUGCCGAUUCAUUGCUUGAUGCUCAGUCUCGAACAUGCUGAUGUGAGAUACUUCUUGAGCAGUGUAUCCUGGAGUGCAGAGCGCCGAGCCCUUUUCGUGACGGUCUUCCAGCUGGCUACCUCAGAGUGCAGUUGUGCUAGUUCCUGGGCGGGACUGCACCGAUACUUUGGGUUGACGCAGAAGGAUAGAUUGCCGGAAGCGAAGCCAGGGACGAUCGCGCAGGAGCCGGAUGAUGAUGUGGUGAUGGCCAUUUCAUCGGAAUCGGAGUGCGAGGUCCUACAACCGAACAAAAUUCAAAGAUGUAUUGGGCCUCCAUGUGUUCUGACUUCUGUUUAUGCGGCGGAUGGCAUGCUUUUACGCGAGUGUCUGCAGAAUCAGCAGUACCUUGUGCCGUCAAUUCCAGUCGACCUUUCUCCUGAUGCUCAUGGGGCGGAGGUGCUUGCAGCCCAGUGUUUGCGCGCUGGGAAGGUGCCCUGGAAGGUGUUAGCCGACAUCAUGGAUGCUUUACCUGGUGAUGGCAAGCUACGGUGGGAUCAGCAGGAUCAGGGAGUGAUGCCGGCCAAGUCCUUUAUGACUGGGGCCUAUGCCAGAGGCCCAUACUAA